CUUUGAUUUUCAAACAAAGCAUCUUAAUCCCCUGUUCUCUCUAAUCGAAUCGCAUCCCUUUCGUUUCGAAAACUCCCAAAUUCCCAAACCCUAACUUUUCUCUCACAACUCCAAUGGCGCCCAAAGCUGAGAAGAAGCCCGCCGAGAAGAAGCCAGCGGAGGAGAAGAAGUCGACUGUGGCUGAGAAAGCCCCGGCCGAGAAGAAGCCCAAGGCCGGCAAGAAGCUCCCCAAGGAGGCCGGAGCCGCCGCCGGAGAUAAGAAGAAGAAGAGAUCGAAGAAGAGCGUAGAGACCUACAAGAUCUAUAUCUUCAAGGUGCUGAAGCAGGUUCACCCUGAUAUUGGGAUCUCCAGCAAGGCCAUGGGCAUCAUGAACAGCUUCAUCAACGACAUCUUUGAGAAGCUCGCCCAGGAGUCUUCCAGGCUUGCAAGGUACAACAAGAAGCCGACCAUUACUUCUCGGGAGAUCCAGACUGCUGUGAGGCUUGUGCUUCCUGGUGAGCUCGCUAAGCACGCGGUGUCUGAAGGGACUAAGGCGGUGACCAAGUUUACAAGUUCUUGAAGUGUGGUGGGUUCUGCUCUGUUCCGGAUAUGUAGUUUUUCGAUGUCAAGUGUUUAGAUUAAGGGUUUAGUUUAGUAGAUAUGUAAUUCACUAUCAGUUCUUUCAACGAAAUACUAUGGUUUAUAUGAUCUGAAUUCUGUGCUCACAUGGAUUAUACCUGGAAUAUUGUGAUCUCAAAUUUGAAAUGAAAACCCAUGUACUUAAUGAUGGUUUCUGUAACGUGAAUUUGGUUCCAAUGCCCAUGUGCUGGAGUUGGGCGUGUAAA